AUGUCACUAGGAGGAUGUGGAGGGGUAAUUUGUGACGAUAAGGGAAGGUUCAUUAUAGGUUUUACUCUCGACCAUACUGAUUCUGAUAGUUUGAAUGUAGAAAUUUGGGCUAUUCUUAUGGGUUCUAAACUAGCAUGGGAUAUCGGAAUGUGCCAAGUUGUCAUUGCCUCUGAUUCUCUUGAGGCAGCGGAAUUGGUUAAGGGAGGGGACAUUAGUUCACAUCAAGAUAGGUUGUUGAUUAAGGAAGCUCAUACAUGUCUUCAAAGAGAGUGGAAGGUUGAGAUUUUGCAUGCUUAUCACUCAACCAAUAAAGUUGUAGACUUCUUAGCUAAGUGA